UGACAUUAUAUCUCAUGUGUUGCAUGAAUGCGGUUCACUUUGCCAUUCGCGCGGUUGCGUCGAUAUAGACUAGUAAUACUUAUUUGCUCGCAGACAGCCAUCUCUAAAGAUUCGCUUUUAUCUUCAUUCCUGGUGGUCCAAUAAUACAAGCCACAUGGUUGCCCAGGCUGUAUUUUUCCUCUACCUGUUUGCUGAAAUGGUUACAGUGGCAACGGAGGUAACCAUUUCGGCCGCGGCAGAGGAGGUUCGCGUCAGAAAAGGUGAACCGUUACAGCUGUCGUGUGAUAUUAGAUAUGACCUUUAUGCCGAUAUUGCUGGGGUUAAAUGGUUCAAGCACCAAGAAACAUAUGGAGAGAUUUAUUUCUGUGCAAGUGGCGACACAGCACAAUUGAAUUAUUCGGAGAUAAAUACUACAGAUGCUCGAGGAGUAAUCCGUUAUGAAAGAGGUAGGACUAACAGUGCAACACUGAUGCUGAUAAUUCCUAAUAGUGAGUUUGAAGAUAGUGGACAGUUUGUUUGUAUGGUUUCCAUAAGGAAGGUUGACACUAGUUUAUAUCAACGUUCCUCGGCAGUAGAUGUAUCUGUCACUGCUUGUGCGACGACCGAUGUCAGUACUAUAAUCAGGAGAAUAUUCUCUGGCAGGAGUAGCUUUCCAGCCACAUCUAGGCCUACCAAAGGCGUGGAAGAAGCCACAGUGGCAAUGAGUAUCAGAGUGGAAGUUCAAACACUGAGCACUGCCCCAUCUCAUCAAACGACCAGUGAUACACGGGCUCAUGUGUCAACAGCUUAUCAAAGAAGCUCCCAGUAUGGCAAAGCCCUACUGGCGACCACUAGUCGUAAUCCACCAGAUCUCACCACAUCCUCUCCAUCGACAACAGUGGGCCAGUCCAUCUUCUCAUCCACAUCUACGUCUGCGGCUCUUUCAACAAAGCGUUUCACCAGAAGUCAAACCGAGGGAACUUCAAGCCCCAAAGCCCCGUCUGCCUUGAUGUCGACAGACCCCACACCCUUACCCGGCAGGCCCAUCCUUAUUGCAGUCUCUGCCGCGGCCGGUGGUGUCAUCUUCAUUCUUCUCGCCGUCGUGGCAUGCCUCGUGUCAUCGAGGAAGACGGCAAGCGGGGGAGUCACUGGAAACACAAACGUGAGCAUUUCCCUGGCCGCAGUAUCCGGCAGAAGUGAGACCGGCAGCUACGCAACCAGCUUCUGCAAUCACCGAGAUUACCAGCAGCCAGGCAGCCGCAGGGCGGGCGGUAACAACGCCGUCGCGCUGGGGUAUAACAAGCUGACCGGCUCGCCACCCACAUCGCCAACAGCCGCCUACGCCGUGGUUCCAAUACCCGGCUUGCAGUUACCAUCUCCCCCGACUGAGUACGCUGUACUGGAUCCGGAUUUCUCGUCACACAGCAGCGAUGAUGAUCACGUGUACGAGUCAACCUUAGCCCAGCAGAUGAAGAGGCAAGACAGGAGGGAAGAUGAGACAUGGGUAAAUGGAGUAAACUUCAAACAAAGCGUUGUUGAGCGGCCAGGUGUUAGGGACCGGGAAACACCCGACAGCCAAGCCGAAGUUAGACAGCCCGCACCAGUCGUGUCUUCCGCUGUGCCUUGCGGCCAUGACAGCGGCUGCAGCGGGGACUGUGACCGGAAGUUCGUGGACAACAUCCUGUACGAGGCGUCCUCGGAUAGUGCGAUCAUCAACGAGCAACGGUUCGGCGCAAGCGUCAUGGUCUCCCAGAAGAAAAUCAAAGGGAACCCGAGACUUGAUCCAUUCUAAAGGGGUGGUAUGAAACUGUCCUGAAAACUAUAAGACAAACCGAAAGGUAAACAUAUACAAAUGCAGGUGUAACUGCAUGCCAAAGAUUUCAGCUUUUGACAUUUACUCGUAUAGACUUUGCUUGAUCGCAGCGUUUUUCACAAUGUCCACGUAGUGCAUUAUAGUAUACCAGACCUGUAUCACAAGGAUGGCACUGCACAUUUUCAUGUUAAGCUAGAAAUAAUUAAACUUAAAUGGUAUCGUAAUCCUGACUAAUGGCGUAGUGGAAGGGCCUCGUCCAUAUUUAUCUACCCAAGAACCAUAGUGCACCGAAACUAUUUAUGCACAGUCCGCAUUCAGUGCAAAUGCCCAUCGACGGACCACGCGAUUUUAGUUCCAAAUUACUUGUUAGGACGGCGUCAUUGAACGAUUCCACAAUCCGAAAGCUGCUUAGGAUAUAUACAACAUUAAUUUAAAGAGUUUACACCCGCAACUGUGAGUGGGGUCAUAAUUACCGAUAGACCGAUAUCGAUUCGCCCGAGUACAACUGUUUGGCCUCUUACCGUGAACAUGCUCAUGCAGGUGAAACUUUGCUGGUUUUGAAAUGUGUCUAUUUUAUCAAUGUCUUUUCAAUGCUGUGUACGUUAGGGUUGCGAUCAACGGAUGUUUUAGUGUUUGUAGAUUGACGAGAUAAGUCGGAUAUGGGCUGAAUAGCCGACGUGCUCAAUUCAGGAAUGGUUUUGUUUUCACCAGUUCUAGGCUCAUACAUAUGUAUAUAUAGCGUAACCUGGAUGUAUCUUCUCGCUGUGUAAUAAUUACAUUGCGUAUUGUAUUAAGGUAGGCCUAUAGGCGCAGUUACGUGCCGUGAGUGCCGUGCCAACGUCGCACGACACGCGCUGCACUUUGCAGCAGAGACCGGCUGGACCAAGUGCUUGUGAUUACAUACAGAUAUUUUUAUUCUCGGACGGGUCGGUGCGCUGGAUCACACGAUUAGGUACUGAAUCAACUCUGUUCCUUUACUUGUUAUAGCAGAAAACCCAUGAGUAAGGGUCUAUCUUGGGGUUGGACACGUCGUAUGUUCUAUGGUCAUCCUCCCAUUUUGUGGCAAAGUUAGUCCAUAGGCGUUGGCUGCAGGUUUUCCUUAAAAUGGCCUUUGUUGGGAACGAGGACGCAUGCAUUAUCACACAUUCUUAUUGGGGUAUUAUUAAAUUAUGUUCAUAACCCAGUGAAAUUUGUCAGUUUUCUGCGAUUAGGCCCCGCGGCUUUGAAGAAGGAGUUGUUUCUUUUCUAGAUGGACAAGAAAUAAAUCACCAGGCAAAGCGCUUCAUCCUUUGUUUA